AAAAUAAUAAUUUCAGUUUUCAACAUUAGUAAAAAAUAAUUUUUGUUCUCCUCACUAUUAAAUUAUUCAAUUAUUCACAACAAACAAACAUUCAUUUCCUUGUUGUUGUUGGCGACGACAAAUCUGCAGAAAAAAGAGCCGUAUUUGUUCGUAUUGUUUUUUUAACUGAUUUUGUUGACAAUCGCAACGAUUCGUUGAGUUUUUUAUUUCUUAAUCUUGUCACAAUAUUUUUGCUCACAUUAUAUUGUUGAUUACAUUUUGUUUUGUAUAUUAUUUUGGCGUUUUAUCUUCCUUUAUCACACACUCGCACACACCACAUCAACCAUAAUUCUGUGUUGAUGUAAUUCAAAUUUUCCUGUUAUUUUGUUGUUUUCGAUUAGCGACAAACAAACAAAAAAAAUGACGAUGGUUUGUUGUUUUAAUCUGGAGAAUUUAUUCCAGCUUUCUAAUACCGGAAAUGGCAAUAAUGAUGGAAAUGCCAGUGCUGGUGUUAGUAGCGGUAGUGGAUGGUUUAACCGAUGUGAUCAAUGCUGUUGUGCUUGUUGUUGUUCACCAUUCAAGCCAAGAUAUAAAAGACUUGUCGAUACCAUCUUUCCAUCGAAUGCUGAGGAUGGCCUGGUUAAAUCUAAUAUGGAAAAAUUAAUUUUUUAUGCCAUGUCAUCACCAGAUAAAUUGGAUAAAAUUGGCGCCUAUCUAGCCGAACGAAUUGGUCGUGAUCUUUACAGGCAUCGAAUUGGUUUUGUUUUCAUUGCCGUUGAAGCUAUGGAUCAAUUAUUGAAAACAUGUCACAAUUCGCUUCAUUUAUUUAUGGAAAGUUUUCUCAAAGUCGUACAACUAGUUUUGGAAAGUCAUGAUCCAGAAUUACAAAUUUUGGCUACACAAUCGUUCGUAAAAUUUGCAAAAAUUGAAGAAGAUACACCGACUUAUCAUCGUAGCUAUGAUUUUUUUGUCUGUAAAUUCGCCUCGCUUUGUCACGAUAAUCAUCCAAAUCUAGUUACUCGUAAACGUUUAAGGAUGGCCGGAUUGAUUGGUAUUAAAGGAUUGAUACUGAAAGCAGUCAGUGAUGAUAUGCAAGUAAAUAUAUGGGCUGAUAACAAUAUGGGCAAGAUAAUUCCAUCAUUAUUAUUCAAUAUGAAAAGUAAAGAUUUUGAAGAUGAAACACAUUUCAAAGAUAGUCAGACACGUCUGUUGCCACCUGAUCCGGUAAGAUUUACCGAAGACGAUUUCGAAUCAUCCACGCCCAAUGACGUGGCUACCGAAUGCCUACGUGAAUUAAUUAAUCGUGCUAGUUUCGGUCAUGUACAUAAUAUUCUUAAGCCUAUCAUUACUCAUUUUGACCUUCAUCAUUUUUGGGAAAUGGCAGCUGAUCCAACUGGUGAUAAUUUUGCUAUUGAAACAUUCAAAAUUAUAAUGUACUCGAUACAAUCAAAACCAGCUGUCAUACAAAUUCUAAUGAAUCAUCUGGAUUGUGUGGCCAAAGGUCGUCGUGAAAAAUUGGAAAAUUGCAAUCUAGAAAAUAAAAUAAAAGUACAGACUGGCAUUGUCAAUGUUUUGAAUGAAAUCAUAGCCAUACCAGCCGAUACAAUUGGUCCGUUUGUUCUUGGAAUGAUCAAUUCACUGCUACAACAUCUACAUGAUUCGAUCAAUAAUAUUCAAACACAAUUUGUUGAAGAAGAAAAACAAUUCCAGGAAGCCGUAAUCAAUACUUUAGGUGAAUUUACAACAAAUCUACCAGAUUAUCAGAAAAUUGAAACGAUGAUAUUCAUCAUUGAUAAAGCACCACCAGCUUCAUGUACAUCAGCCACCGAACAACAAUUGCAAAAUAUCAUAUUGAAAAGUUUGCUUAAAGUAACGACUAAAUAUAAACCAGUGAGCAUGAUACAAACAUUCCCAUCAACCCUGUUGAAUCAAUUACUUACACGUGCCCUAUCACCGGAUCCAAAAACUCGAUUGACUGUGCAGAAAAUUUUCCACCAAUUACUUGAUCGUCAUAAAAAUUUACCUCGCCUCAUCAAACCAGUUACUAUUGUUCCUCCAGAAACAUUGACCAUUGAGAAGGCCGACCGUUACGAUAUAAAUUUUAUGCGUAAACAUGGUCAUGACAUUCUUGUCCACAUCUAUAGAAAUGUUCAAAUCGAAUCGAAUACAAAAGAAAAUUUCGAUAGUAUUUUCACUACCAUGGCGUUGAUUUGUGUAGAAAUGAAUUCGGAUGAAGUGCUCAUCGAUUUACUUCGAUUGACAUUUGCUCUACAAGAUAUGGCUAUCUCCAGAAAUUUUAACCUAUCCGAUUCGCAUCGAUGUUUUAUUCAUAGUAUCGCUGCCGGUUUUCUUCAUCUUUUCAGUAAUCUAAAAGCAAUUCCAGCCAUCUGUACACACGUGGAACAAGUUAUUAAAACUCGUGUUGACCAAGCAAAAUAUUUGCUGCCUGAAUAUUGCCAUUUGGCCGAAAAUUACACAAGUGGCGAAUUGUUCAUUUCUGAAAACGUACAUAAUCAACGAGAAAUUAGUAACAAAUCAAAAGAGAAUAGUCCUAGUAGACAGAAUAGUACCGAUUAUUUAGUUGCUGAUGAACUUUUAUUCAAUAAACAAGUCUUAUCUGAAUCACUUCAGACAACCGGCCAUGAUACGCUAGCAUUGAACACACCCUUCCAAUCGAAUUGUGAUGUUGAUUCAUCAAUGACACGUAGUACGAGCGAUUUAAAUGCUAUAACAGUUGAAAUCGAUAGUGUCAAUUCUUCACCUGGAACCGUACGCAAAUUACCUGAACAAGAGAUUAAUUUCACCACUUUUAAAGAGGUGUUGAUAAAUCCGACUCGUGAUCACAAACAGGAAUUACGUCACCGUAUGAAUCUAUUAAACAAUUUAAGAAAUAGUAAAUUUGAAAAUUUAGUCGAAAAUUAUCCCAAAUCGAAAAAAACCUUCCAAGAAAUUCUCUUGAACACUAUUGACAAAUCUUUUCAAAUACAGGAAACAAGAGUACAUCAAAAUCAAAUGGUACAAAAUCCCAACAAACAUAGCUUAGAUACAUUGGAUCAUCAAAGCAUCAUUCCUAUUGUCAAUCAAUCAAUGCAGCCUAAUCAUCUAUCAUUUGAUGGAAAUUGUCAUGUUUAUGAUAAUCCUCUUUUGUCAAUAUGUGACAUUAGUCAGAUAAAUUCACGAGCACCACCAUUGUUUGCUCUUAGAUUUCCAAAUCUUUUUGUUUAUUGAAAAAAUUGUUAAUUAAUCAAUUAUAUGUUAUAAUUGUCAAUUACAAAUAUUAACAAUAAAUCUUAAAUAAUCAAA